AUUUAUUAUAAUAACAAAGGAACUAAUAAUUUUCUACCAUGAAAAGUUUUUCGGCUAAACUGGUUAUUUUAUUGAUUAUAUACCAGAUAUAUCAAAGCACUGCAGAUUCCGAUGUCACGAAUGAGUCCAUUCCCCAGAGUGCAGCCAUUGUAAAUGGUAAGCUGGCUGAAGAAGGCGAAUUUCCCUGGCAUGUUCUUUUGAUAUUAAACGAAACCGAAACAAUGUUUAAGAUAUGUGGAGGUUCGAUUAUUUCUAAUAAAUGGGUUUUAACAGCAGCCCAUUGUAUUUAUAAUAUUGAUAAACUCUUCUUGGGAUUUGGAACUAUAGCGCUGCACAAUAGUCCAAUUAAUAUGACCUCUACUAAAUUUUUUAUACAUCCCGAUUUCACAAAAAAUUUUAUUGAUAAUGAUAUAGGUCUAGUUGAACUACCAACACCUUUAGAUUUUACCCCCAACAUACAACCCAUUAAUUUGGUGUCGACAGCGGAUAUUUCAAAUGACUUUGUUGGCGCUAAAGCUAUAAUAAGUGGUUUUGGUCAGUUAAAAAAUAAAGUAUAUGAAUAUUCUUCUUGGUUACAAUGGACAACGGUAGAAAUUAUCAGUAACACGAUAUGUGCUGAGCUGUUCAAUGAACCAAUAGAUAAUAACUUUUUGUGUGGUAGGGGUUGGGAAGGUGCACAAUCGGGACCAUGUGAUGGUGAUUCUGGUGGUGCUCUAGUUACGAUGAGCGAAUCUAAUAAGCUUAUACAAAUUGGCGUAUUGUCUUUUUCAAAAGAAGACAAUUGUUCAAUAUAUCCUGCCGGUUAUAGUAGAGUAACAUCGUAUUUGGGUUGGAUUCAUGAUGUUACUGGUUUAAAUAAUAAUUAAUAAAUAAAACAAUAUUGACAAUAUUAGUUAAAAAA